CCUGCAAUCUUAAAUAUCAGGAAUUCAUGGAAUCCCUUUCCGAAUCUGCAGUCUAAAUCAUGGUUACCUAGAGGGUUGCUCUUAAGCGGGGAUCGCAGUAAAAAUUGGCAUGCUGUUCCAUUGCUUCCUAGGCAAAGAAAAUCUUAUAUUUGCCCCCGAGCGUCGAAAGAUGUCCCAUACAGUUACCGCUUCCCCCCAAUGACCGAGAAGCCAAAAUGGUGGUGGAGGACAUUAGCUUGUCUCCCCUAUUUGAUGCCCCUUCACGAGACUUGGAUGUAUGCUGAGACAUCAUAUCAUCUACAUCCAUUCCUCGAAGACUUUGAAUUUUUGACAUACCCGUUUCUCGGAGCCAUCGGGAGGUUGCCCAGCUGGUUCUUGAUGGCGUAUUUUUUUGUUGCAUAUCUUGGAGGUGUGAGAAGAAAGGAAUGGCCACAUUUCUUUAGGUUUCAUGUGGUGAUGGGGAUGUUGUUGGAGAUUGCUCUUCAAGUGAUUGGAACUGUGAGCCGGUGGAUGCCGCUCGCCAUCUACUGGGGUAAAGUGGGGAUGCAUUUUUGGACAGCCAUUGCGUUCGCUUAUCUCUUCACCGUCUUGGAAAGCAUAAGGUGUGCUCUUGCUGGUAUGUAUGCUGAUGUACCUUUUGCCUGUGAUGCAGCCUACAUCCAAAUCCCUUAUGAUUGAUUUGCAAAUAGUGCAAAAACAGAGAUUAGUGUAGUCCUUUCAAUUUGUAUUUUGUACUAGCAACUUCCUUUUUAUCAGAAAUUAAUGGUUGUAUGCCACUUUUAGAUCAGAAACAAAUGAGUUUAUGUUGAAGAUAACCAUUUCUCAGUUUGAUCAUUGUUCUUGUAGUUUUAUGACUGUUAAUUUGUAUAGACUUGAGGUUUCAAUUUCACGUUGUUGUUAUUA